AUGUAUCCAACACCAAUGUUCGCAGACCCACGAACAGCCAUCGGUACUCGCGUGGACUCGCGAAAGCCAGGGAAUCGCGCCGCGCGCAAAAUGGUGUUGGCGGUGAAGAAAGUCGUGGAGCACAUUCGCAAGUCCAAGUCGCCAGGAGCACAGGCUAUCUUCCAGGAAGAACAAGUUCGGCACUAUUCGCAAUGCUUGCACCGUAAGCUGGUCAACGUGGCACCGCAGCGGUGGUCUGGUGUGGGCGGCGUCCUCGAGGCGACCAUCGUCAACCGUGUUGACAUCGACGGCGUGUACGCCAGGGAAGGGAGCGUCAACCCUCUGGCGCCGCACGAGCACGACAUCGACGAGCUGUACUCCGUCAUCAAGCCUGUGGCGGAACUCAUCGUCACGUACCAGCAAACCCACGUCCCCACGGGACAAGCUGCGGCGCUUGGCCUAGCGGCACUCAAGCUCAGCACCUUCAACGUCGACGCCCGGCUCGACGUCCUGACGCCGGCGCGGGCACAGGGUAGGCCGGAGGGCGCCGGUGGCGUGGAACCGAAGGCCACCAGCGUCCCCAGAUGCUACAAGCCCGCCGAUUCCGCGAAGACGACGGACUUCGUGUUCGACAUGCAGAUGGGCCUACACCCGACUACAGCUGACCUCCAGUACGUGGACAAGCUCGCCUCGUCGAAAGUGCACGCGGCGUUUGUCACGAAGAGAAUCACCGACAAGAUCAUCACCUUGGCUGUGGAGCUGGCGACGAAGGAGAUGGAGCGCAAGCAGGCGGGCCCGGAGCAACACGAGUCAGUCGCAAAGCAGGCGCGCCCGGCGGCCGCUCCCAAAAGCUCGCACCCAGCAGUCGCCAGGGCCAGAAACAAGAACGAGGACGCGGCUACGGCGAAGUUCACCAGCCUCCGACUUUUCAAGAAACGCAGGGUGGGGGCGAACGCGUCGCAGCAGCCAACGUUCGAGCCGAUGGCUUGCGCCGAGUUCGAGACGCUGAGGGGUGUGGAGGCCGGCUCACUGACGGACGACCUGGGCUGCGAGGGUGUGCUCAAGUGGUGGGAGAAGUGGGAGGGCUCGUACCCACUCCUGGCCAGGGCAGCCCGUGUGGACUUCGGGGCACCAGCCGCAGGUGAUGCCAAGUACGUGGAGAUGGUCCUAUUUCUGCACGGCAAACUCGACCUUUUUCCUGAGCAAAUACCAGAGCUGCGAGACGAGGAUAUCCACGCCAAGAUUCCCGGGCGGUUAUCCAACCCUGUACCGGAGCUUCACGGGCUUGACGGCACGCUCGGCCCAGUAGAUCUCACUCACGACGAGGAAGGGGUUGGACCGGGAGAGGGCGAGGAAAGCGAGGGAUAA